AAUGUAAAUAAACCAAGUGAUAUACUAAACGACGUCGUUGGGAAUGAAUCCUACCAUAAUAAAAACCCGACUCGGUUGACAAUCGCCAUUACUUCAAUUCAAUAAACAAGGACUGUCUGGUACUUUUGAUUCAUCAACGAAACUAUCGGCAAAGGUUUUGCUUGUGGACGAGAAUGGCUUCAUCUUCUUCCGUUAUAAGCCCAGAAGAUGUUUUGGAGUCUCUGAUGAAUGAUGGUACUUUUGAUUCUCUUAGAUUGAAGAUCAUUAAUCAGCUCAAAGCCAAUGAAGAGCUAAAGAGUACAACCAUUAAGAUGGCUGAACAGAGUAAAGUUCUUAAUACCCCUGGGGCAGAAAAACAAACUAAAAGAGAGCUCUUUGAUGCGCUUCGCCAGGAACUUGAAGCUCCCGUGCUUGAGAAGGCAUCAAAGUCAGUUUGGGAGUUAAUUCUGGACAGCAAUGGGCUAGGAAAGGAAAUUAGUGAGACUGUUGAAAAGGUAUUUUGUAGAUUAAGUGGCAGGGAACCUCCAUUAUUUCCUCCAAGCAUUAAGAUCCAACCAGAUAAAGAAACUGAGAAUGAGAAAGGAAAAGAAAAAGGAAAAGGAAAAGCAAAGGAACAUGAAGAUGAAAAGGAGGGUUCAAACUCUAAAUCAAAGAAAAGGAGUUUCAUCGAGAUAAAUGAGGAGGGAGGGUUGGCUGAAGUUGCGAAGGAUCUGACAUCCCCAGGGUUGUAAUGGUAGGAUUUAAUACAUUCCAAGUUUGAAGAUACAAGAGACUACGUUGACAAAAUGUUCUUUUUCCUUUUUUGGGUGAUAUAACACAUAUUAGGACCCAUCUAGACUUGAAGUAAAACGUGGCGACUUGGGUAGGAAAUUAGCACUGCACAAGCUCCAUGUUUUACGUUUGUAUAUUAUUAACUAAUGAAUUUCAUUUACUUCAAUGAGUACUCUGAAUGAUGACUGUUUUUAACGUUGUUUUAGCUUGAAUUCACUCAAACAUUAAUGAUGCCCUUAAUUUUCCCCUUUAGUUUAAAUGAAAUGAAAUAUGUUUCCGCAA